UCAUGGCUCAAUCAAUUCAGUACCUGCUUCUCCUCUUAGGAGCCUUUGCAACACUCAUACAGGCGUCACCACAAGCAAAGCCACCGCUCCCUUACUGCGACAUGAAGCAGAUCCACACCAUGAACGUUGCCAACUGCCGCUGCCGGCCUCAUUACAAGGGUUGCUUCACGGCGGCCAGGACCUGCCACAUGGACAUUCCAAACAGACACACCAACAGUUACUACCCCGGGUGCACCGACAACGACAAGCUCUGCCUCGGAUGCGGGCUCUGGUUCCAUACGCUGUGCGACUGCGUCAAGGGCCCAUCCGGCUGCACUCACCAGGGAACGGUGCAGCCGAACGGCGAUCAGGUGUGGUUCCUGACGCCCGUGGGCGAGAAGCUCGUCACCACGACGGACAUUCUCCCCGGCAUCCUGGAGAUGGCCGACAACCCGGCAAAGUACGGGGAAUCGUGGAACUUUGCGCAGAAGUACUACGAUCCCGGCAGCGAGGCGCUGGCGCUCAACUCGGUCCGCGCGAGGACGCACGAGCAGUUCCACAUCCACGUCUGCAAGAAGCCCGACGUCAAGAAGGACGCCAAGGUCCUCAAGAUUCUCGACACGGCCAAGCACAACACGGGGCCGACGCUGGAGCAGGUCGGGAACAAUGACCUCUGGUGCAGGACGGUGACAAAGGGCAACGGUCCCGUUCGGCACUUUGCGGAGGCCAUCCAGGCGUUUCUGGCGACGGGGCAGCUUUGCAAGGGGCUUGCUGGGGCGGCGAUUAUACGGGAUGCGCAUGAGAAUUUGUGGGCGUGUGUGACUGGGGACCAGCAUGGGCCGUUGGCUCAAUUCUGUGCUGGCAAGUAG